GGAUUGUGAGGAGAGAGCAGAUUUAAGGUACUCUCACAUUAACAAACUGCACUCUGGGUACCAUGGAAACAGUAGAUAUCAUCAUCGAAGAGGCUUCAGAUGAUUCCAGCCUCUCGUCCCAAUCGCACAUGAUGGAAGGUCAAGAGACCAUACAGGACAAAGCUCAUCGAAUGUGGCAAAAACUGAAAAUGAUUGUUAAUUUCUCACCAGAGAAGAUAAAGAGACAUGAUUGGAAGCUACUGGAUCUGGAGCAUGGAAUCCAACACAUGCAACGUGUGAUGUUCAAGAAGCCCAUCAACCAUGUCUUUUAUAACAUCACCAACAAGGAAUAUGUCUGCUUGAUAUCCAAGACUGGUGUCUGUAUCUACUUCUGUGAUGGGCGGAAGAAGCAGGAGCUCACUCUACAGGAGUCUUUAGAAGGAAUGGUGUACGCUCGACAGAUCAACCGGUAUGUGGCUUGGAACAUCGGCAGUCAGAUGAAGGUGCUGGGCCCGGACUUCCAAACCAUCUCCUCCAACAGGUCCAAACGUUCCAUCACCUGCUGCCUGUACAAUGAGGAUCUGAAUGAGAUAGUCACGGCCGGAAUCGGCAACAUCUGCACCUGGCACUUCUACUUUGGAUGCCGGGAGUUGAUGUGUGCCAGUACCGUCUCUGAAGGGCUGACGGCGCAGGAUGUCUUCACGGAGCUGGCACUGGAGAGAGCCCCAGUCAUGUCAUCGGCAUUGCUCCAUACUCAGCGUUGCUACGCGGUGUGUGGGAAGGGCGUCGCUGUCAUCAACCUGCCCAAGGCCACCCUACUUUCAUAUGAGAAGCAUCUGCAUGACAGGAAAAUCACCGGGAUCACCCUCAUCGAAAACCUGAGAUGUGUGGCGACUUCCUCGCGGGAUGGAAACGUCAAAAUAUGGGAUGAACGUUGGAAUCUUCAAAUGGUGUUUGUCGGGCACAGAGGUCCUGUCACAGCCCUCGCUAUCUAUCCCCACGGUCUCUAUCUCCUCUCUGCCUCUGAGGAUGAGACCAUCCGAGUGUGGAGCCUGGAACUGGCAGACCAAGUGGACGAGAUCCAGAUGGGGGUGACGGUCACUCAUCUGGGGACAGAGCUCGGGGAGGACAAUAUCUUCUCCUUCGCCAACAAGAGGUUGGACCUGUGGACCAUCAGCCACCUAUACAAGCAGCACACCUCCCUUGGUUACACUGUGAAGGCCAUCAAGACCAGCAGUGUUGGCCCAGCCAGUCUUUACCCCGUGCGGGCAGCCUGCUCCUGUGCCGAUGGGACAGCACGGCUGGUCUCCCCAGACACUGGAAACAUCAUCACCACCCUCCUGCUGGAGAGGGGCCAGCAGGUGCUGGACCUGGACUACUGCCUGCCACGGGAGGCCCUGCUGGUUCUGACCGACCGAGGGGACGUGGUGAAGGCCAACUCCCUGACCAACCCCAUGGAGGUCCAGUGGAGGGUGCCGGCAAGCAGCCAGGCUUCACAUUUCUGUUGCUUCUGUAUCUACAACUACAUGGUUGACAUGGAGCUGACCCACUCCUGGUGGCUGCAAGCAGUGGCUGGAGGGAGUGAGAAAAAGAUCAGGAUCCUAGGAGUGAAGGACCAUGACAGAUUCCUGCCAAUUGCUGGUCACCUGAAUGGGUUCCUGUCCGUCUUGGACUGGAGUUCAGGGACCACUCAAUACCAGGUGCAAGCACACGAGUCAGGGAAAGUGUUGACCCUGGUGGCAGAUCCAGAGAACCAACAUCUCCUGUCAUCAGGUGAGGACAACACGAUCAAGGUGUGGCGCGUUUUCCCAUACGCCCAGGAAUCCCUCAGCCUCUUAAUGAAUUUCUACAGUGCCCACCCUGCCACCCACCUGUGCAUCUUAAAGACCAUGUUCAUGGUGGCCCUGCAGAAUCCCACCUGUGCUGUCCAUGCCAUCGUUCUCUACGAUUUGAGGAAGAAGAUUCGCAGAGACCAUCAUCCAGCCGAUGACCACAAGGAUGAAAUUACAGGACUGUGCGUGUGUCCAGAGCUGAAGAUAUUUGCUUCCGCCAGCAGAGGUGGGAUUCUGAAAAUCUGGGACCACGACAACCAGCUGCUGAGAAUCAUCCACUUGAAAACCAUCGCUACCAGCAUCUCAUUCUGCAGUGAUGUCGGUGACAUCCUGUUGGGGGUCGACAGGGACCUAUAUCGCAUGAACAGCACAGAGUACCUGACCCAGCAGUACCUGCUCCAGAUAGCAUGUCGGGAUGUUAGUGAUCCAGUGUCUGAUGCUCCCGUUCCCAUUUCCAGUGCUGCUCUUGAGUCCCUGUCAGCUGAAGAUUCUCAGCGUUUGAGAAGACCCCAUUCAUUCAGCAGCCCAGAACAUCCUGUGGUUGCGGCAGACGAGCCCGAUGAAGAAUCCAUGAGAAAGCAGGAAGAGCUGAAGGAGGCAUAUGCUUUGCUGGCUGCGAGAGAUGAAGAAAUUAUUCUGAUCCAGCGUGGAGAGCUCAAGAGCAAGCGGAAGCCUCCACGUACAAAGAAAAUACGCCAGGAAGGUUUCCGGAGAUACAUGCAGCUCUUCUAUGCUGAGACUCCUAGGAUAGAGAUUCCCGAGUUGGAGGUUUUCGAUCCCAGUGGGCAGCAGAUGGAGCAGAAGCACUUCCUUGAGAAUCCGUAUCAAUGCAGCAACAUCGUCAGAGGCUUCUUCCCACCUCUCGCUCUGCCGGAACCCAGGGAAAGACUGGCCAGCGGUUGGCCCAGUUCAGCUGGAGUUCCCUUUAUCCCCAUUGCCCUGGACGGCUACAUCCCAAAUUCCGUGAUUUUGUGCCUCCUCUGGACCCUGGAACUUUCCCAAAUCCUGGACACAGAGCCGGAAUCCAAAGUGGAGUCUGAACUGAGGCUCAAAGUGGAGUUAAAGACGCAGCCCAAAGUAGAGUCGAAGGAAGACCAGAUCUCAGACACAAUGACUGAACAUUCCAGCAUUUUCCGAGACAAACUGGAGGCAAUGGAGGAGGAGCUUCACAAAGUGGAGAAGCAAGCAAGCAGCAGCAUCAGUGUACCUGUUCCUGUGGGUAGGAAGGAACGGAAAAUGACCACAACAAUGGUGGGCAAAGAUCGAUUCUUCCGAAGACGAUCAUCACAAGUACAAAAAGCACCCACACCACCUCCUCUUCCGGCAUUCAUCGCGAUUUUCCAGGGAACUGACUGGUUUGAUAAAAUCUUUCCUGAACCAGAUGCCAAAGUCUUUCCGCCAGAUCUAACGGAGCUUGCGUUUGCGGAGAUGCUCAUUAUGAUAUUGGGGACAGUUGAUUACGAUGUGAAGGAUAGCAUUGCCCGGGCUCUCGUGUCCCUGCUCCAAACCCGGCCGACUGACAUCACUACCAUGGCACAUGAUGCUCUGAUCACUGCUCUCAAUGGUCCUGAUCCACCAAGGCACCAGGACAAACAGCAGCAAAACUUUAUUCUUACAGCUCUGUGGGCACUGAAGGAGUUAACGCCGAACAGUCAAGAGCUGCUCGUGGAGUUAAUGGCCCAAUACCUUCAGUCUGACAUUUUGGUCAGGAACACCAUCAAGCAAGCCCUUGCUGACAUCGGGCUGCUCGAUCCGCACAAUUACUUUGAGACGGAGCUGAACUCGUGGCUUGGCUUUGACGAGGCCAGCGUCUCAACAAAAGAAAACCUUCGGAAUUUAAGCAGCUCCUGGCUGAGAAAAUGGACCCGGAAAUUCAAGGAGCACGUCCAAACAGCCAUGAAGUCACUGAAAAAGGGGAAAACGCUGAGGGGGUCGGUAUCCAUCUCACGAAGUGCCACAGCCGGUGACAGGACCCCGGCCAUGCUGUCGAACAGCACGGAAAACACCACCAUCGUGAUGAUUCCAGAGAAACCCCGGGCAGGAUCGCUAGCACAGCUCCACCCCAUCGAAGUCGUGAACUAUUUCUGCGAACUCCAGCUCCAGCAGCAGCUGAACGAGAUGAGGGCAGAGGAAGAGAAGGAGGCCGAGAGAAGCCAGAGGGACAGGGGGGAUUUGAAGAACACCGUGCUCUUCCUGCCCAAGGAGCAGAGGGAACAAGCCAUCCUGAGACUGGGGGAGACAUCAGUGGCAGGAGCACCAAUUGAAAAGCUCCACCUGCCACCCAUCAUUCCAGGAUCUCUGUCCUUUGGAAUCGGCCGAUUCAUCAAACUAUCCAUCCCAAAGAUCAACCUGAACCCCUUCCCCUCCCCCAUCGACCACUACCCACUUGAGCAUGUCCUCAUCACCCUCCGCCACUCACCACAGAAAUACUUCAUCCUGGAGCGUUCAUAUGUAUCAAACUAUGCCUGACCUCCCCCACAGUCCCCGCCCCUGAACCCACCGCCCUGCAGUUGGAAGUGAAACAUUGACAGCACUGUACAGGCGGCCAAACCUUCUGCAGAACAACUACCCAGAGGAAGAGAGUUGUACCAGAAUUUAAAUAUACAAGUCCUGUAACAAAUUAUUAAAUAGACUUACGGUU